AUGAACCAAUUCGAUGAGCUUGUCAACGUCCUUAGAGAUGCCCUUGGCGAAUCUAGCGGUCUGACGUCCGACGAUGUAGACGUCGACGUUCUCAGUGACUCCAUGGCCAGAUACAUAUCCGAUGAUGCCGAAUGGGCCAAAUAUGCCCUUCCUGAUGCCAGUAGAGGCUACACCCGAAAUCUAGUCGACGAAGGCAACGGGAAAAGUAACCUCCUUGUCCUUGUAUGGACGCCAGGCAAAGGCAGCCCGAUCCACGACCAUGGAAAUGCCCAUUGUCUCAUGAAAAUCCUUCGUGGUAGCCUCACCGAGACGCGAUAUGACUUCCCAGACGAAUCCCAGAACAAGGAAAUGGGAAUGAAAUCAAAGACGGUGCACGACGAAAAUGCUGUCGCGUAUAUGGCAGACGAACUAGGUCUGCAUCGAAUGUCCAACGACGGCAGCGACUUCGCUGUUUCCUUGCAUUUGUACACACCACCGAACGUUGCCAAGGGUGGGUGCUGGAUCUUCAAUGAGAAAACAGGCAAGAGAAGCCAUGUGCCCAAGUGCGGAUACUACUCAGCAUAUGGUCGGUUGUUGAAGGGUUCGUGA